AUGAAUACAUUUUUCGCAAUUAUUUUACUUUUUGCAAUUACUGUAGCUGGUCAGGGCCACAUGAUUUCACCUUUAAUCCGUAUUCCACAAGGCGAUGUAGAAAAUAAUUUAUCUAUUACUCGCUCUCCAACUUCUUCAUAUCCCUGCGGAUCAGGUCAGAAUAUUGGUCGUAUUCAAACACAUUACACUUCUGGACAAUCUAUCAACGUCGAAUGGGAAAUCGGAGUCGCACAUGAAGGUGAAUGUUUUUUGGAUCUUUCAACGAAUGGUCACGAUUCUGAUUUCAAAACCAUUGGAUCAAUUCCAAAUUGCGCGGAUAAAAUCGGUGAAAAUUUCCAAACAAGCAUUCAAUUACCAACCGAAAUUACUUGCGAUCAUUGUACAUUGCGUUUCAGAUGGUUAGCUAAACUAACAGGCGAAACUUAUUUAAAUUGUGCUGAUGUAUCUAUUUCAAAUCCUGAAAUAUUAUUGAAUUUACAAAAAACAAAUCGCAAGCGUUGCAGAAGUUGUGUUACCAAAGUAAAUGGUGAUGUUAAGAUUUUUCAUUCUUAUUCGCAGCUACCCAUAAAUAUAUCUACAAAUAAAUACCAAGAAACGGAUUUGGUUCGAAAUCCCGAAGUUCAAAAUCCCGAUG